AUGAUAAAAUAUUUCUUGCUAUCUAUCUAUCUAUCUAUCGAUCUAUCUAUCUAUCUAUCUGUGGAUCCUACCACAACACUAUCUAUCUAUCUAUCUAUCUAUCUAUCUAUCUAUCUAUCUAUCUAUCUAUCUAUCUAUUUAGCCCAAAUCCCCUAUCUGAUUCUCUCUCUCUCUCUCUCUCUCUCUCUCUCUCUCUCUCUUGUUCUAUGUUACUUUAUAUCUUUCUUUCUUCUUUCUUUCAUUUUCUCACUGAAACCAAGUGACAGUCUUCCUCCCCCUUGUCAUCGGUUGCCCUCCUGCCUUUCUUCCCAGCCCGCCUUCCUCUUGUUUGCUCUUUCAAGUUUCUCCCGUCGUUUCGCGCUUUCAUUAACAGCGCCCAUCGCCUCUCUUACCUACCACCGCUUUCUUCCAAUGCCUCAUCAUCUCUUAUCAAUCUGCUUCCUUCCUACGGUAUCGGCAAAUCUAUCUAUCUAUCUAUCUAUCUAUCUAUCUAUCUAUCUAUCUAUCUAUCUAUUCCAAUCUGCCCAUUAUCUAUAUAACUGUCUAAGUAAAUCAGUUAUUUUCUAUCUAUCUAUCUAUCUAUCUAUCUAUCUAUCUAUCUAUCUAUCUAUCUAUCUAUCUAAAUCACUUAUUUUAUAUCUAAUUAUACCAGUCUGUUCACUCGGUUAUUUAAUAUCUAGCUAUACCAAUCUGUUCACUAUCUAUCUAUCUAUCUAUCUAUCUAUCUAUCUAUCUAUCUAUCUAUCUAUUCCAGUCUCUCAAUUAAAUUAUCUAUCUAUCUAUCUAUCUAUCUAUCUAUCUAUCUAUCUAUCUAUCUAUCUAUCUAUCUAUCUAAAUCAGUACUUUUAUAUCUACUAUACUAGUCUGUUCACUAUCUAUCUAUCUAUUCCAGUCUCUCAAUUCAAUUAUCUAUCUAUCUAUCUAUCUAUCUAUCUAUCUAUCUGUGCAAUUGUCUGUCUCUAUCUAUCUCCAUGGAUACACAGACAGGAUCUAACGAUGAUCCCUUUACAAGCUAAGUGUCAAUCACACAAAGCGAUCCCUUCCCUACCCAGUUCUCUGCGCUGCAUUGACGCUUCUAUUCUACCUCUGGCAUUCCCUUCUUCUUCUUCUUCUUCGCCUCCUCCUCCUCCUCCUUCUCCGCCUUCUCUUCCUUCUUCUUCUUCUCCUCCUCUUCUUCUUUUUCGCCUCCUCUUCCUCCUCCCCCUCCUCCUCUUCCUCCCCUCCUCCUCCUCCCUCCUCCUCCUCCUUCUUCUUCUUCGCCUCCUCCUCGUCCCCUCCUCCUCCCCCUCCUCCUUCUUCUUCUUCUUCUUCUCCGCCUCCUACUCCUCCUUAUCCUUCUUCUUCUUCUCCGCCUCCUCCUCCUCCUCCUUCUUCUUCUUCUUCUUGUUUUUCUUCUUCUUCUACAUACUACCUAUCUUUCUUUUUCUUCUGCGUUUUCAUUUCCAGCUUACGGCCGCAUCACGUUGA